GAACAAGUGCAAUGCUUAUGGAACUACGUUCCUGCCAAUUUGGAUGGGGAUAUAUUGGAGUUGGAGCACAGUAUUUGCAACAAUGAAGCGACCACUUCUGAUCCUGAUCCAAGUUGUACAGCCGCGUCACCUCCUACAGCUACGACCUACGACCAAGCGAGUCAGAUGCGUCCCGGGAUCCAACUGUCUCAUGAUCUGGCUUGGCCACACGCUCUGCCUCCGAUCAAGUGGUUCUCACACCUCACCAGUCCUCUUGUAGAUGAGUUCGCCUCGACUUGCUCGCCUCUCCAACCGAGUGAUCAGCUCAUGUCGUUGCCAUCAAAAUCACUUUCCCGAAUCGGUUCAGCAUCAACCGGUGACCAGUUGACCUGCGAACGCAAUGCUUCAAUUGCCACCCUGUCGACCUCCACCACGGCCAAUAUCAUCCCCACCAGCAGCGUCACAGUCUCCGCUACAAGCGGAGACAUGGUCGCUUUUUCCGUCUCCUCCUCGCCCUCCAUCACCGUUUCGCCUAGUCCCUCAGAGAUUGCCUCGUUGGCGAGACAGUCCUUUACAUCUCACCCCAACGGCUCGUUCACUUUGCUUCAAGACUCCAAGUUAGGCGCGUAUAAGUCUCUCAAUGAACGGUUAGAUGUGUCCUCUUUGGUACUGGAAGAUGGAGCCGGAUCCAAGCACUCUGACUCGGAGUUUGCUCCUGUUGCUGACAAAGGCUGGGGCAUAGACACUGGCGAGCCUGGAGCUCUUAGCUCGGGCCGUCAGCUCCUCCUGUUGCCACGAGACCGAGUAGGAUUUGCACAAUCAGCCAGUCCUAUCACUCCGUUAGAGACGGUCAUCGGCCUGGACUGGGGAGUAUGGGCAGGCAGCCCGUCCACACAACGCGUAAGUCUGUCUCUUUAUCCUAAAUUCCAUCAGUUGUAUUACGUAACCAGCAUAUUUCUCGGAUUGGUAAUUUAG